UGAAACACACUAGUCCUUGAGUCUGGGAUAUAUGGGGAAAAGCGCCGGGAGGAUUGGGAGAGUCUGUUCCUCCAGUUGCUCUCGAAGAGAUCGAGUGUCCUGUCUUGGGAAGGAUAGAAAAAAAGAAAGAAAGAAAGAAAGAAAGAAAGAAAGAAAGAAAGAAAGAAAGAAAGAAAGAAAGAAAGAAAGAAAGAAAGAAAGAGAGGAGGAGGGGAAGCCGGCUAAGCCAAGAGCCUGGGGCGAAAAGGCUGUUUAUUCCCAGCUCCCACACCCAAAAGAGUCACCCUGGCAGGAGGAAGUGGGGAAUGUCUGAGUGACACAUGGAGGCGCACACUCACUCACUCUCUCACUCACUCCCUGACACAGCACACAAACAGCCGAGUGAGCACACCUCCUCUGCCUGCCUGCCUGCCUGGGGAAGAGACUCGCUCUCUCCUCCUUCUCUUUUCUUCCUCCUCCCUUGGCUUCUCUGCUCUGCCCAGCUGUUCCCAAAUUAGAGGAGUUGCUUUUUCCACCCGCAACAACAUGGGGAACAUGGCUUGUGUUCCCCACGCAUCUGGGAGGCUCAGAUAUUCCUUUUCGAGGAAGCCUUCGCUCAGGAAAGAACAAGACAGUAAGAAGAAACUAGCCGGCCUCUUUAAUUUUGAACCAGGACAGGAGAGGGAUGUUAGCUCCGACAAGAUCCUCCAGUAUAUCCCUGGAAAAAGCCUCACCGCCCAGGAAAAUGGGAAGGAAAACAUUGACCAGCGGUUCCCAGGCCUGUUCAAGAAGGGCAGGAGGAAGACCGUGGUGCGGAAUCUGGGGAAAAUCAUCUAUUACUCCAAGGUCAAAUUCAAAUUCCAGCAUUGCCAGGAAGUGAAUGAUUGCUACCUGGAGCUCUUUCAAGCCUACCUCUAUUUCCAGUCCCUUGGUCCAAAUGGACUCACCUAUCAGGGUUUGCUCCCCUUGAGAGAACUCCAACUGAACGAGCUUGAGAACCCAAAGGGAACCGAACAGGAAGUUCAUGCUUUCCAAAUUACAGGUCAUUUGCUCAGUCCCCUGAUAGUCUACUGCCCCAACAGGACGGAAGUCAAGCGCUGGCUCUAUCACUUGGAGAAGCAGAUCCAUUUGAACGGAGGGAGCCUCGAAUUGCCCUUCCUGACUCAGAAUGACCUGAAGCAGAACGCUGUGGGUCGGGAGCAGCUCCGGUGGUCCGUGCAGAACGCCCCUGUGCAAGAAUGGAGGGGGACCCAGCGGGAGUCCCUGGGCGACAUCCUGUGCGUCUCUAAAGUGCAGCUACAACACUUGCCUUUCCAGGAGGCUCAUGAUCGGCUGCUCAUCCUCUAUCCAUCCACCUUGGUCAUCGUAUCUGAAGAACGUAACGGUCUCUAUUUUAAGGGAGAAUUACCCUUGAAUGCAAUCCAAGUUCAGUUUGAAGAAAACCAGAAAACAUCUUUUCUAAUAGAAGGUCGGUUGAUCAACUCCAUCCGGGUGAUUUGUCCCUCAUAUGAAGACUACCAGGAGUGGCUCUAUUGCCUCAAAACAGCUCAGUUCCGCAAUGCGGACUCCUCCCUCUCUGGAUCAGAGAGCUUCUCGGGACCAAAACCACCACAUCUGACUCAGUUCUCAGGAAGUGGUCGAGGCUCACUCACCUCUGAUGGUCGGACCAAUUCCUGGGCGUCCGGCGGGAAGGGCGCAACCUCCACUCACCACUCCCAGAACAGCACAGGCUCCCGUUCUGAGAAGCAGUCGUUCGGAGUGAUGCCAGAGAACCGGUUAGCAGAAGGUCCUCAUCCAGUCCAUUGUCUAGGAAAUCCAGUCUCAACAAGUACAGGGAUUCCAAAACCUGAACUGAAAAGGAAAGGGAGCUCCCGGAGGUCCAAAGGGAAGUGUGGCCUACAGCAACCGCAACUCAACAGUCAAGACUCUGAAAGGAGUAAUUUUCACCUCAUCCCCGAACACACCAGUGGGGAAGUCUUGUCUCCGGUGUACAACGAGCCUUACACAGCCCUGGUCCAACAACAACAGCACCCUGCCGGUCCGCAGCUACAUUUGGAUCUGAACCAUCUGAAACAAUGGAACAAUGCGCCAAGGAGUCAGAAUGGCACAACGCCCCAAAAUGUGGAGAACACGCCUCUGUCUUGCUCCCCCAUGUACGCCGACCCUUACACACCCAAUUCCCCCACUUUGCACGGAGCGUCGGACUCCAAGUUUGCAGAAGAGUUCAUGCGACACCACGGACAGACCACCUUGGAGCAGCAGAACGGCUACCCUGCCAUGCCGGUGUCGGUCCCCAUCACCCACCACGUUCCAGUGCAAAAGAAGAACCUCCAGUCAUUACCUGGGAACCACUGGCGAGAGCCAGUUACUACUCAGCGGUGCAGCCCUGCUUUGAAUUUUCCAUCAGACAAUGACUACUUGACCGCACACACCUUGUCAAGAGAUAGGGAAGAACUGCGGAUGCCUUCCUUGCCAACAUCAGAGAAAAGCAUUGGAAAGUACAACCUCCCCGAAAGCGGACGAGACCGUCUUGACUCGACCUAUCAUGACUAUGCCGAACUCCAGAGCUUUCAGAGCGACUUCAGUUACGACAACAUCUGGGAUAUGGAGACAAAGGACAGUGAGAUCUAUCAUUGCUAGAGGCUUUAAACCACUUGAAGAGAGCCAGAAAGAAGAAAACCUUCCACUCUGAAAUCCUCUGCGUCUCAUCAGAUCUUGCCAUUUUCCAGUUCCAAAAGAUCAAGAGGCAAAGCGAGCUUGUGUUUGUAAAUAGGACGGAAUGCUAACUCAGUGCCUUAUUGAACUAUACGAACUCUGAAACUCCCGCGGCUGGCUCUUCCAGCCCUACAGUAUUAGGGAUUUGGGAAUGAAAUGACCUGGUAGCAUUUAAAUAUAUUUAAAAGGGAUUUGCUGGUAGCCAAAAAGCCUGCGUGUUGUGAAGGUGUGCCAAAAUUGCCAGCGUUGCAGGCAGUCCUGACAUAAUAUAAAAUGAGGAUGAGUAUAUAAUUAUAUAUCAAUGUGGUCAGCCAAAUGUGUAUCUGUACAUGGGAUGCACAGUAGGGGAAGUAAAUAUCCUUGAGAGCCAGUAUUUAUCUCCUUUAUUAUUAUUACUAUUAUUGAACUUGUCCAGGGUCAAAUCUGGAAACUGCUUUGAGCCAGACUGUUUCCAUCACUCUAAUGUUACUCUAAUGCACAGAGAGAUACCUUGAAAAACUUUUGGAUCAAGUCUGAUUUUAAUAUUAUUUCUACUUGUUUCUAAGUUGCCGUAGGUGUGGCAUAGAUAGGCUGGCAUCCUGUUAGUAAGAUACACAAGUGUAAGUCUAGCUGUCGAUCGUUUAGGUCUCUUUUUUGUCACUGGGGAGGCUGGAGUUCUCUUCCUCUCACCAUUGUGACCAAAGCUUCCCCAAGACUCACCAUUUAGAAACCACUUCAUUGAGUGGUAGAAUCAGAAAAAUCUGUCAAUUCCCCAUAGCCAGGUUAAGCAAUAAGAAUGCCUGCUGGAAGAUAUUGGCAGAUAAUGUCAUUGUUUUGCACAUGGCUACGGGGACGUAGCCAGAUGCUUCUCUGAUUCUCUUUACCAGGCACUGAAUGGUUAUGAAGUGGGAGCUGUAGCAGCUAAAUGAUGAGUCCUGCAGAGAAGGAGAGGGGAGUAAUUAUUAGAGUUGUGCACGGAAUUCGUUUCUACCAUUUCUUUCAUGUCUUUCGUUUUUUCGGAAGCACAAAAAUCAGUUCCACACAAAAGCAAGCUGGAGCUGGUCUGCAGCCGAGCGCCUUGCAGAACCUUGCGUGUGUGGCAUGCAGGCCCAGAAAGCACAGAAGCAUGCCAGUACCUGCAGCCAAGCGACUCUUACUCUAGAGUAAGAGGCGCUCAGCUGCAGGCACUGGCAGGCGUCCACGCUUUCUGGGCCUGCAUGCUACACAUGCACUCUCUUUCAACAAAGAGUGCAUGUGUGGCAUGGCGUGCCAUCAAGCCCAGAAAGAGUGCACACCUGGCAGUGCCUGCAGCUGAGUGCCUCUUACUCUAGAGUAAGAGGCACUCAGCUGCAGGCACUGCCAGGCAUCCACGCUUUCUGGGCUUGCAUGCUACACAUGCAAUCUCUUUCCAAGAAGAGUGCAUGUGUGGCGUGGUGUGCUGUCAGUCCCGGAAAGAGUGCGCACCUGGCACUGCCUGCAGCCGAGCGCCUCUUACAAUAGAGUAGAAACAGCAAGUAAGAAACCUCCUUAAAACAUGCGUCAGGAAGAGGAGCCUGGGUGGGAAGCCCCGUCGCAUAAUGGUCUGAUAGAAAUUGGAUCUUUUGAGGUCACAAACUGAAAAACAGAUAUCUACCCUCCCGAUUUUGGAAGGCUCCCAAAAAAUGGGUUGGGGACCCCACUGAAAGCCGGGACACGAAACGGGGCAAGGUUUACCCCGAAUGCACAACCCUAGUAAUUAUAUAGUUCUGCUUAUGGUCUGUGGUACAGGAUCUCCGCCAGACCCAGUGGCAAAGCACGUUGGCCCUUUUGAUCUUUUGCUGGCAUCGCAUCAGGAAAGCACCUGGUGUAUCUUCUAUACUUGAACAUUUUUUAAAAAUAUCCAGCAAAGUUUACAUGUAGCUUUAUUGUUAUUUUAUUUAAUAUUAAAAAGGCCUAUCGGGAAGGGAAGGAGUGAAGAACCUGUUUAAUUUUAAACAUGGAAAAAAAUAUUCCUGCAGUGGCUUCUUUUUUUCUCCAGCUGAUCCUGGAUGUGUAUGCUUGCUGCUGUACAUUAUCUUAGCUGCAUUUUGUACUGUAGUUUUAAAUUUUGAACCUUUUAGAAGAAGCAAGUGAGGCAAAAGGAGGAUGGGUAUGAAAAUGUACAUGAUUGAAACCAUAGCUGUAUUCGAGCAGUGUUCAGUGCUACUCUUGUGUUUGUGUGUGUGUAUGGGUGUGAGUGCAUGGGAAAUUUUAUUAAAUGUAUAGAAUUUACAUGCUGCACAGUUCUCUUGGCAAUUUCUUUGGAGACCCUGAUCCUAAUAAAGAUAAUAUAUCUAAGA